CCCAGGGGCUCUGAGAUGCUGUGGGAGCCUUCGGCAGGAGAGGCGCCCAGGCAGCAGGAGGCCCUGGCAGCCUUGUCCCUCCUCCCCGAGGGCUCCUCGCCGGGCUGGGCGCGAUCAACGCAUCCCGCGCCGCUCGUGGCCGUCCUGCGCGGGCAGGGGGUUUGCUACCUUCCUUUGGCGGCCGCAGCGGACUCCGCCGAGGGGCUGCAGGGAACCGGCCAGGCCGGGCGCUCCCGCAGGCGGCGGCAGGCCCGGGGUGUACGUGUUGCCAGGCUUGUGCCCCCCCGGAUCCCGCCCGUGCGCCGCGAUUGGCCCGGACGGGGCGACGCCUCCCGCCCGCCCUCCCUGCGCGCCUUCUGCAGCGCGGGGCUCGGCCGGCGCCGCAGCGAUGGCUGGCAGCGAGCCGCCGAGCCGGGAGCGCGUCCUCUGCCUCUUCGACGUGGAUGGGACCCUCACGCCGGCUCGCCAGUCAUCGACAAGUUUGAUUACGUCUUUGCGGAGAAUGGCACCGUGCAGUACAAGAAUGGGCAGCUGGUCGCCAAACAGGCUAUCCAGAAUCACCUGGGGGAGGAGCUUUUGCAGGAGCUGAUCAACUUCUGUCUCAACUACAUGGCUCUCCUGAAGCUGCCCAAGAAACGCGGAACCUUCAUAGAAUUCCGCAAUGGAAUGCUGAACAUCUCUCCCAUUGGCCGAAGCUGCACCCUGGAGGAGCGAAUAGAAUUCUCCGAGCUGGACAAGAAAGAGAGGAUCCGAGAGAAGUUUGUGGCAGCCCUGCAGAGGGAGUUUGCUGGCAAAGGCCUACGGUUCUCUCGAGGUGGUAUGAUAAGCUUUGAUGUCUUCCCUGAGGGCUGGGACAAGCGCUACUGCCUCGACAUCCUCAACGACGAGCAGUUCGACACCAUCCACUUCUUCGGGAACGAGACAACCCCAGGAGGGAAUGAUUAUGAAAUUUAUGAUGACCCCCGGACAGUAGGCCACAGCGUCCAGUCUCCCCAGGACACAGUCAGGAGGUGCCGUGAGAUCUUUUUUCCGGAGAGAGCUAAUGAAUCGUGACUCUGAUACCCCUUCUCCAGCACCCCGCCUUCCAAGAUCCCACAUCAUGAAAACCACCUUCAUUCGAGGACUCUGCGCAGGGCCCUUUGAAGAAAGCUUUCCAGAGCUGGUUGUGAGGGAAGGAUUUAAACUGAGGUGGUGGAGGGGAUAGGGAUGGGGGUUAUUAACUUUCCACUACCCCCAGUUACAGGUGGGCUGUGUGGGACCAGACUCCUCCCUGCCACUAAACAGACUCUCUUCCUUUUCCGGGUGAACGUUCAGUUCUUGGUGGGAGACUGGCCCCCUACAAAUGCCUCUGUUGAUCUGAGGCAUUUGUAGGGGGCCAGUCACUACAGUCUCACUCUCUAAACGUAUUUGCACAAGGGAUGCACUCUUCAUCAGUUAGCACCUUUAAAUAGGAAGUAGAGUCUGGGACCGCCAUAAGCCAGGUGUUCUCAGACCACUUCACACAGCGGACCAGUCCUUAAAGGUGACCUGCAAAGGGUUUUAAAAAAUGAUCAGGGCUGUAACCCCAUGCUCUGGGUGUCCCUAGCCUCUGAUUGCCAGAAGGUGGGAGUGGGCGAUGGGAUGGAUCACUCGAUUACCUGUUCUGUUCAUUCCCUCUGAAACAUCUGGCACUGGCCACUGUCAGAAGACCUGAUAAUGGGCUAGAUUAGGACCACUGGUCUGACCCAGUAUGGCUGUUCUUAUGAGCUUGUGCCCUUUCCAGCUUGGUCAGGUGUAUAAAGAAGGUCAUUAUUUCUUUAGGGUUCAUAUAUAUAAAAGGGUGCACUGGGUUUUUGUUUACACUAGAAAUAUCAGGAAUGCUGUGGCUGAUCUCUGAUUUUGCUGGAGGACUUCUGGGAGGUCUAUGGGAGUUUAUUCUGCCCUUAGCACCUCAAUUGAAGAGGUUGGGAAGUGGAAACUUUAACAAAGGCACUCUUUUAACCAAGAGUUAAUUAGGCAUUGGAAUUGGGUGGGUAUUAAGUUAAUAAAAAAAGAAACCUCUCACAGUUUCAGCAGUCUGAGUGUUAUGCCCUUUCCUCCCACAAUUGCUCAAGUCUUCCUGUCUGGAGAAGCUAUGAAGUGAUGACAUCACCAGACCCCCUUGGGACUGCCAGGCUAGACGAGAGCUGGAUUUCUAGUUUAAAAAACCAGCCCAGCCCUUUCAAGAGUUCUUUAUCCAGCUGGAAACAAAGCACGGAACAGCUCUAAUUUGCCCCCUCCCCUUUUGCCAGUCACCUUUAAGGAAGCAGGUGCCGAUCUGCCUCAGGCCAUGCUGCUAUUUCUUUUCUUUCCAUUCUCUCUCUCCUGCUCUUUUUGACUUUUGUUUUUCUUUCCCUCUUUAGCUUUUCACUUCGAUUGCUGCUCUGUCUUGCCCCUGUAAACCAGAGUGGCUCUUUGCUUCUUCUUAGUGGCUAGACCACACAUAGCAGUUUCAGAGUCUCCUCCUGCUACUUAGCUAACAGACCAGGCUCCCAAUGUCCAGGUCUCAGCUCAGGUGGCAGGGGUGGGCUCAUCCUUUUAGAGCCCAGGUUGUCUGGGGAUUGAACAUACAGAUUCAGCUAGGGGGUCACUUACUGUGUGGUUCCCCUACUCUGCUUCACCCAGCAGCAGGCUCCGGGCAGCCUGCUUUUCAGAGAGGCUGAGCACCUUGUGACACCAGUUUUGAAAUCAACGGGAUCUCUGAGUGCUCAGACACCCUGAAAACGGGGCCCUUGCUCCUUUGGGGAUGGGAUGUCUAUUGGUGGCCCUGUGGGGUUGAGCUCAGCAUUUGAUGAAGGGGGCUGGAAGAACUUGCCUGAGGUUGCCGCUCUGUGCAUGUUGACUGUUCCUGGGGAUAGGUGCAGUGGGAGCAGAGAUGGAAAGUGGGUGACUUUACAGGAACCAGCUACAGCUUUCCCCAUUCAGGAGCUUGUCUGUGCCAUCCAUGCAGGGUUACACACCUUCCCUACCCCACUGUGCUCUGCCCUGCACCCACUUGGGACUCACCUGGGGUCACCUUCCCAGGGGCCCACUACUGCAAGGUGGGCAACACUGGCUUCCCUACUCAGCUGGGAACCCAAAGGGCGCUUCCUCAGCAGUACUAAGCUUCACAUGGAGUUGUGGGUGCUUGGCCUUGCUGAAAACCAGGCCAACAGGGGCUUGCCCUGGCCUCCUGCUAAUGCACAGUUCAGCACCUGCUCUCUGAAUAACACUUCCUUGUGGUAGCAGAUACAGCUCCAUGAAUCACAGUUUCAGAACCACUGUAGUAGGUGAUGCCAUGCCAGCUCUAGGCUACCGUUAGGCCUCCUCUCUGUUAGAGCCCAAACCAUAUUAGGGGCCAGGUCAGCAUGUGGUGGGCUUCCCCCUAUGCCAGUCCGCAGCAGAGGGGAGUCCAUUACACCUCUCAGCCACAGCACCAGGCUCUUCAGCUCUGGCUGUAAAGGCUCAUGGACUUGCUCUGGAGGCCCCUCCUCCAAACCGCACUGUUGGCCAAUGCUGGGACUGUCACAGCCCUGCUUCUGGUGCUGUGUAAAGUGGAGAGGCUGGGCUGGCUUUAAGCAGUCAGCCUGGCUGGGGUAGAGCAGAGCCCACCCUGCUACCAUCCUUGGGAAAAGCAAAGAUUGAGCCAGGCCUCCCCCUGGCCUGGCAGCGACAGCAGCAGUGGGGAGGCAGCACCAUGGGGGAGGGGGAGAAGAAGGGGAUGGGCUUGGGCUUGUACCACCAUUUUGAAAAGUCACCUCUGACUUCGAGGGCCUAACCCCAAUCCCCCAGGCCCUGCUGUGCCGAGGGGCUGAGCGCAUGGUUUGCACCUGCUCAGUGCCUCAGAGAAGCAGGCCCCAGGUGACUUAGCUUGGCUGCCUCCCAUUAGCACUGGCACUGCUGGCCCUGCACUGAUGUGGGCAAGGGCCCAAAUGCAAGUGUGGAGGGAAGGGGCAGGACUGGGCUCCUUGGCAGUGGUUAGGGUGGGUGAGAGCCUGCGCCCUGCCUGAGCAGCUCCUUACAGGAGAGGAAGAGCCUCUGUUUGACCACACCCCAUGGGCAUGUUCCUAGGAAGUGCUUGCAUGCACCCCCUGUUCCUAGAGCCCUGUAGUCACUCUUCCUGCACCCUGGAAAUACUCACCAGGUGCUAGUUGUCAGACCCCCUCCCAGAGGCCUAGAGGGGGGUCUGCACACCCCAGGGCACAUAGCAGCUGAGAGGGCUACUCUGCCAGCACUAGGAGGAGCCAAGAAGGGGAAUCCACCCAUCUGAGUCCUGACCACCAUGCCUUGGUGUGGCUUGUAUCAGCACCCAAGCAUGAGGAGCACCCCAUCCCAGCUGCGUCGCCACUGCCCUAGCACGGAGUGCACUGGGGGUGAUGGUGUUAUGUGAGAGGGAAGAUGGGAAUAAUUGUUGGUCUAGAAUUUAGCAUCUCUGGUUUUUUUCCAUGUCUGUUUCCUAACCCUGUAUUUGUAACCCUGCUGGGUUGAUCUCACUGUGACAGGUGGAGAGGGCAUGAAGUGGGAACCCACCCCCCUCCCUUCUCACAACAACAGGAGACAGAGCAUUCAGUAGCCCAUGAAGGGCUACAAAACAGGUAGUAUGCCUCCUUUGUGUUAUACCUCUGACUAGCCACGAGGUGGCUGGACCUAUUAGCACUCCCCUCUGCCUCCCCCCCCUGCCCUGGGAUGCCGGAGGACUCUCCUUGUACUGUCCACAGCUGAUAUCUACCACGAUUAAGCAGAAAUGUGUGUCUCAGAGUUAUUGCUGUGUGUGUUUGAACAUGGAUGGAUGUGUCAGUGACCAAGGAGACAGGUGGCUCUGGUCACAUCUGCAACAGAGCCAGGCAGCUCCUGUACAAUUGAUCCCAAGUGUUUAAAAUAAAUUUAUUUAACAAACAUUAAAAUAUUAAAUGUG